CGUUUCCUAGGAGACGGAACGCACAGGACGCCAGAGCUUCACACGGGAGCGAAAGAGGGUGUUCAUAAGAAUGGAAGCACUGUUUCCUUGCCAGAUUCCUUAUUGGUAUAUCUCAUGAACCUACAUAAUCUUGGGGAAGAGCCUGUGUCUAAUGAUGACAAACCUGUCACCCAUGUAGCAACAACCAUCUGAGGGGAAGAAACAAAAAUAAAGAAGCUUUUAAAUUUAUAUUCAACAAAGCAAUCAUUUCAGUCAACAACUUCUAUUGCAUUAUUUUUCCACAAUGAACCGGUACACAACCAUGAGACAGUUGGGGGACGGGACCUAUGGGAGUGUGCUGAUGGGCAAGAGUAACGAAUCCGGAGAGCUGGUGGCCAUCAAAAGAAUGAAGAGAAAGUUCUAUUCUUGGGAUGAAUGUAUGAAUUUGAGAGAAGUUAAGUCUCUGAAGAAACUCAAUCAUGCCAAUGUGAUUAAACUAAAAGAAGUUAUCCGAGAAAAUGACCAUCUCUAUUUUAUAUUUGAAUAUAUGAAAGAAAACCUCUAUCAAUUAAUGAAAGACAGAAACAAGCUGUUCCCUGAGUCAGUCAUCAGAAAUAUUAUGUAUCAAAUAUUGCAAGGGCUGGCAUUUAUCCAUAAACACGGUUUUUUUCAUAGGGAUAUGAAACCAGAGAACUUGCUUUGUAUGGGGCCAGAACUUGUGAAAAUUGCUGAUUUUGGACUUGCAAGAGAAUUAAGAUCACAGCCACCAUAUACUGAUUAUGUAUCUACCAGAUGGUAUCGUGCCCCUGAAGUUUUAUUAAGAUCUUCAGUUUAUAGCUCUCCCAUUGAUGUAUGGGCUGUUGGGAGUAUAAUGGCUGAACUAUAUACAUUAAGACCACUUUUCCCAGGGACAAGUGAGGUUGAUGAAAUCUUUAAGAUUUGUCAAGUUUUAGGGACUCCCAAAAAAAGUGACUGGCCAGAAGGGUACCAGCUUGCAUCCUCUAUGAACUUCCGUUUUCCGCAGUGUGUUCCUAUGAACUUAAAAACUCUUAUUCCCAAUGCCAGUAAUGAAGCUAUUCAACUUAUGACUGAAAUGUUGAAUUGGGAUCCAAAGAAGCGGCCAACAGCAAGCCAGGCACUGAAACACCAAUAUUUUCAAGUUGGUCAAGUAUUAGGCCCUUCCUCACAUCAUCCAGAAUUGAAACAAUCUUUAAAUAAGCAGGUGCAGCCACUAGAAUCAAAGCCAUCUUUAGUUGAUCUAGAAUCUAAGCCUCUGCCGGACAUAAAUGAUCAGACUGUCAGACAGCCCCAACCCAAAAACAGCCACCAGCCACUGCAGUCCAUCCAGCCACCACAGAACAUGAGCGUCCAGCCAGCGCCAAAGCAGCCGAGUCAACAGAAACGGCCACAAACACUAUUUCCAAGUAUCGUCAAAACCAUGCCAACCAAGCCAAAUGGCGCACUGGGUCAUAAAAGUGCUAGGAGACGUUGGGGUCAGACUGUGUUCAAGUCUGGAGAUAGCUGGGAAGAGUUUGAGGACUGUGAUCUUGGAGCCUCCCAUUCCAAGAAGCCAAGCAUGGGUGUAUUUAAAGAAAAGAGGAAAAAAGAUUCUCCAUUUCGGCUUCCAGAGUCGGUACCCUCAGGCUCUUAUCACUCAGCAGGGGAAAACAAGAGCUUCCCUGCUGCUAUUUCCCUAAAAUCUGAUUCUGAACUGUCAACUGCCUCCACAGCUAAACAGUACUACUUGAAGCAAUCAAGAUACCUUCCAGGUGUAAAUCCCAAGACUGUGUCCUUGGUAGCCGGUGGAAAGGAUACAAACUCAUAUACUUGGAGUAAUCAGUUAUUUCCUAAGUCACUGGGACCGGUGGGGGCAGAACUUGCUUUCAAAAGGAAUAAUGCAGAGGAAAGCAUAAUUAAACCAAUUGAAAAACUAUCAUGCAAUGAAAGUUUUCCUGAAAAAUUAGAGGACCCACAAGGAAAUCUUGGAAGUUAUGCUACUUACAAUCAGUCAGGAUAUAUUCCUUCCUUUCUCAAAAAAGAAGUGGGGUCAGCUGGCCAGAGGAUACACUUAGCACCUCUCGGUGCAACAAGCUCAGAAUAUACCUGGAACACAAAACCCAGUCGGGGGCAGUUUUCAGGACCUACUUACAAUCCUACGGCCAAGAAUCUCAAUAUUGUGAACCGUGCACAGCCAGUUCCCUCAGUGCAUGGGAGGACAGACUGGGUGGCCAAGUACGGCGGCCACCGGUAGGAGUCCGGCAGCCACCAAUAGGAGUCUGAUGUGAAGCCCCACAGCAUUGCUCCAUAGAGUCCAUGCAAGUCCCCUGUCCCUGGGAAAUGUCUACAGAUGUCUAUUUCCAAUGAGUUCUAGAAGAAAAAUGUAGUGGGUACUUGGAAAAGCAAAAACCAUCAUCUAUUUUCUUUCUUUCCUAGAAAUGAAAUGCAUUUUCUUAGCAUCAGUUGCCCACAGUGCUGAUAUAUGGGUAGGACUUUACAAAGUAUUGAAUAAACUAUUUGCCAAAGUAUCAAGUAUUUGAUCUACAAAUUAAUAGUUACUAAGUAUAAGAAUCUUUUUUAAAAAGGUCUUCAGAAAGUGUUUAGAGUGUUUUAGUUUUCAUGUUAUUUGCCUAAAUUAAUAUUUCAUCAAUUGGCCUGAGAGAUGUGUCUUUUUAUAGCAAUGAGGUAGACCUCUGUGGGCUGUCAGUUAUGGUUCUUAUUUGGCUAAGGCUCUACCCUACGAGUUUGGCAAUAACAAAAGAUGUUCAUCUAUCUUUUUUUCUACUUUGAAAUUAUGGAAGUGAUAAUUCCAUCGUGAGCAGCAUAUUUUUCUUAGGAAUAAAUUUAACAUAAAGAUCUCAAAAUUAUGUCACCCAAUUUUAGUGGAGUCUACUUGUUUUGAUUUUGAUCAACACAUCUCCCAUGAAUUCGUGGUGACUAUCAAACCCAACAGCUUCAAGACUCCCAAAUCAACCAAGUCAAGGUUCUCUCACCUUCACAUCAUUAGGAAAGUUCUUGAAACUGUGAUGUGUUCAUCAGACUUUCAAAAUACUUUCUUUCCAUGUUCCUACUAUACACACAAAAAUGAGGUGUGCCACUUGUCCCCCAAAGCAAACUCUUGCUGCUGAUCAUUGACCUUGACAUUUAUUCUGAAAAGCAAUUGCAUUCAGCUCCUAUAGCAAUGAUUUCACUUAGUACAAUUUUUUUCCUUUAAUUUCUAAAGUUGUACUUAAAAUAGACAUUUUGAACUUGGGACUACUCUAUUUAAACCUACCAUUUUAUGGACUGAA